AUGUGUUUCGCAAAUCGAAGUCGUUGCAAGCGAUGCAGCAAGGAAACCAUCCAAUACGUUUCUAAAUGCCAGCAAUACCCUGAUGUCACCACCGAAACCGCUACCCACGCUAUUCGAGGCCGACAUCGCCGAAUCAGAUGCUGCAAGGAAUGCAAACGCGUUGAAAGACGACGAGCUGCUGAAGAAGCCGAAUCAACCACGAUGCAUCACCAUCAAGCCAAAGCUAUUAUUGAAUGGCAACGAUUGGAGCGUCCGCUUCCAUUGACCGAUGAAGCGAUUGCGAGUAAGUACACGGAUCUUUUCAUGAGCAAAGAGAGACUUCAUCCUUACUGUAUUGGCUUUACUGAUAUUCAUAGAAACUACAUGGCAGGACAUAGACAACAUCUCGCGGCCCGUGCUAAUGAUAUCCUGGAAGCACUUGCGGAAGUCGAUCACGAUUUGACUGAUGAUGAAUUUCAAAUCGUCUCCGUGGUUCUUUCUGAAGAUGCCAUGUUUGACGAGUGCAUUCAAAGACAAGCGGAAAUCGAUUCCGGUUCCAGAACCAUGACCGAAUCAGACAAGGGCUUUUCAUUACACGAAGUUGGCAGCACUCGAAACUUCAAUAAAGGCAUGGAAACGGUUCGAUCAGCAGCGAAGAGAAAUAACUUUGGAACUUGGACCGCAAACAUGCCAGAUCGUUAUGUUGCCGAAGAUAGAGUCCGUCGGGAAAUCAUCGCUUACAUCGACGCCUUGGAAAAUGCUAGCGCAGAUGAUGACCGAAUCGACGAAUUCAUCGGCCGGGUCGUGCGCCAAUUUCAACAGGAUGAGGAAACCUUCGACUUCGACCCCAAUGCCCACUCCUUGGCAAGCGAAGUCCCCGUAUGGGGCCGAGUCGAAGAUCGCAAGACCUUCUGCGAAUGGAAACACGAAAACGAACAAUCAUUUAAAAUCCUCAAUGGAAAAUUCGAUCGAUGGUACACAAUCAUAAACCAGUAUCGCAAGUAUCUGAUCGAAGUUGCCCCCGCCCAAGCCACUCUUUUCUCGAUAUCACGAAACACGAUCGCCGCACGUAUGUUCCGGACUCUCGCUGGGAGACCCGAACUAGCACCACGAGCAAGCGUUCCCGAGCCCGAACAACCCAGACUCCAGCCACAGGAUGACGACGAUGAUAACGCCAGUUCCUUGGAACUAGACGAUUACAUUGAUUCCGAAUCCGAGGACGACCCUUCUGCCAUGGCACUAUCAGACUCCGAUGACGAAUCCAGCGGAAUAGAAAUGACAUCUUCUCGCCAACGCAUCCAGCAAUCCCUUGCCAGACUCGCGCAAUUAGUACUCAUCUCUAACGAAUUCAUUCGCGAACUCCCUGGUAUCAUCGAUACCGGAGCUGCCUAUCUCAAUCAAUGUAUUCGCUUCCUCAACGACCAGUUAGCUAGCGAUAGCUAUCCCACCGAAGCUGAAUGGGAGGUUGUGAGACAGUAUACUGCGAAUGCGAUGGAGAUGCUUCAUCAUUUGAACGAGGAACGGAAUGCGAGAGCUAGUAGACAAGCGGAGGAAGAACAACCGAGUGCGCGGCACGAGCCAACACCAGAACCAGAACCUUUUUUCGUGGAUGUCACACCUAUGGAGGUUGAGAUCAUCGAAGAAGAGCCCGAUAAUAUCGCCUAUGGCCGUCGCAGUAUCUUUAGUCUUCCACCACCAGUGGAAGCUAGUGAAUGGCGAAGAGUAGAGGAGGGAAGUGAGGAUGGGGAUGUGUGGCGUGGUGAAUUGUUUGAAGAGGAUGAAGAGUAG